AUGUGUCAAUUAUGCAUUUUUCUUAUAGUAUGUGGGGAUGUUCACAUUACAAUAUUUGAAGUACGACGAGGUCUUGAUAUGAAAUUAUAUGCAUCUUGUGAAGUUAUCCUUGGCUCAAUCAUAUAUGCUCCAAUGCCAUUAACAAAUAAUAUAACCACAACACCAUCAUUACCGGUUCGAUUUCCGUAUCUUCGUGAAGUUCAUGGAUAUAUGCUAUUAGGUUAUUCAUUAGUACGCUCGUUUUCUUUAAUGUUUCCACGUUUAUCGAUUAUUCAUGGCCGGGUUCUCUAUCAUGGUUAUGCACUCAUUAUCAUGGAGAAUUUACAAUUAGAUGAAUUAGGUUUAACAUCAUUGAUUAAUAUUCGUCGAGGCAAUGUUAUUAUUGCGCGCAAUGCUCAAUUGUGUUAUGCAAAUUCUAUUCGUUGGCAUGAUAUAAUUGAAAGUCCAAAAGCACAAGUUAUAUUACGACAAAAUCGAGAUGAUUGUGCAAUUUGUCCAACAUGUCCAUCGGCAUGUUGGUCACCAACACAAUGUCAACAACAAUGUUCAGUACAUUGUAAAGGAAACUGUUUAUCUGAAGCGAUCUGUUGUCCAGAUCAAUGCGUUGGCGGUUGUUAUCAAAAUUCAACAUCAAAAAAUUUAAUUUGCCAUGCUUGUAAACAUAUGAGAAUUUAUGAAACAGGUCAAUGUGUUCAAAAAUGUCCAUCAGAUAUGCUUAAGGUUAUCGAUUCUUUAUGUGUAAAACAUCAAGAAUGUAAAUCAUUUUUCAUGGGUUAUGGCUUUAUACUAGAUGAAAAUAAUGAAUGUGUAUCAACGUGUCCAUCGGGCUUUGACAUAAAAUUAGAUACAUCUUGUGUCCGUUGUAUGUCAGCACCAGAAAAUGAUUAUUGUCAAGGUGCAUGUCGAGAACAACAUAUUCGUUCGAUAAGCGAUUUUCAUUUGCUAAGAUAUUGCUCACGUAUUCAUACAUUAAAUAUUUAUAAUAUAGCUGCACUCGAAUCAACUGAAACCAAUUUAGCAGAUGUAUUUACUGCAUUUGAAUCUCUUGAACAAAUCGAUCAUGAAUUUACCAUACAUAAUGUAAAUAUAUUUUCAAGUUUAAGUGUUUUUUCUAAACUUAAACGUAUUGGUAUAACAUCGAAUGCAACCAUAACUAUUGAAGAAAAUGAUUUUUUAACUGAAUUAUGGUUGCCAGCUCAUCCGCCACCUGUCAUUCAAGGAAGUUUAAACAUUGUUCGAAAUGCUCGUCUUUGUUUAAAACGUAUUGAAGAAUUUAUUAAUCAUACUAUUGCAAAAGAAAAAGAUUUACAAAUUACACAAAAUACUUAUAACGAAUAUGCUAAUGGAUAUUUGGCAUCAUGCGAAUCAAAUCUAUUGACAUUAACUGUUAAUAACAUACGUUCAUUAACAGCACAAGUUACUGUUGCAAUACCAAAAGAAUUAUUUUUUCAACCAGGCGAUAGAGCCGAUUAUUUACGUCGACCAUUUUUGUCUGUUUAUUACAAAGCGACAAAUACAAAAAAUGAAACUCAUUUUGAUCAAACACAAUCACGUAAAUGGCUACGAAUCGUUGAAAAAGUCAAUUAUAAUCCAUCACCAAGCGGUGGUUCAUUUACAAUGAUUGUUGAAUUAUCAUCACUUCUUGGUGCAACAUAUUAUGCUAUUUAUGCAUCGAUAACUUCGAAUGUGAACACUGUUGGUCUAUAUUCAACAAUUGGUUAUUUUCACACAUUACCACGUCAUCCUGAACCAGUACUUAAUUUACGUGGUGAAUCAGUAUCUCGUUCGGCUAUUGAAUUAAUGUGGCAACCGCCAUCGAAACCCAAUGGUGACAUUACUAUCUAUCUUAUAUAUUAUGCACCUAUCGAAGAUCGAUUACCAGUCGAUAAUUACAAAUUACUUUGUUUAAUGAAAGAUCGUUGGCGUUCUGAAGAAGCGGUUCCAAAUCCUGAAUUAAAUAACAGUAGUUCUAAUCGAUGUCCAAGACAUAAAUCCAAAUAUAGCAAUGGAAAUAAUGAUGAUUAUUAUGAAGAAUUUGAAGAAAAUACUGGUAUUGAUCAAGUUGUAACUGAUUUAGCUAUACUUGAACAUCAACUUAUUAAUUCUGUAACCGAACGUAAAGAUCCAUUAAUAAUACGUGCAGAUUUAAAAGAUACAAUUAUUAGUGACUUAGAUCAUUAUUUCGAAGAUAAAAGUAGUUCAAUACACGAGCAAUAUAAACCUGACUUAUUCAAUGAAGAAAAGUCCGCUGAACACUCGCCACAUAUCAAUGAAUUUAAUCGUACAACACCGAAUACAAGUAUUAUAAUUACUGGUUUAAAACAUGCACAAAUGUAUAUGUUUCAAAUAUAUGCGUGCCAUGAUAUUAUUACAGAAACAAAAUCGAGCGCAUGUAGUACCAAUGGAAUAAUUAUUUCUGUUCGAACAAAACCCGGUGAUCGAUCACUAGAUUUAGUACGUGAAGUAAAAUUAACUUCAUCGAUUGAUAGUGCACUACGAUCAACAAGAGAUUUGAAAACAGUUGAUUAUCAUAUAUCUUGGCUUGCACCAUUGACACCCAAUGGACUUAUUUAUUUUUAUACAAUCUUUAUUGAUCAACAUAAUCAUGAUGGACCUAAAGAUGAACGUUGUGUUGGACAUAAUGUACAUAUGGUUAAUGUUUCUCUAUUGCCACGAACAAGAUAUCGUUUAAGAAUAACUACAUAUACGAUAUCUAGACUUUAUAAUGAAUAUGAAGAUAAGAAACAAUUAAUGGAUGAAUCCGAUUUAGCAAAUAUAACAAAUUCAUAUUAUCAAAAAGUUUUCAUAACUGAUGAUUUACCAAGACGUGAAAUAACUCGUCAAAGCCGUUUGACAAUGCUCAUAUUAGUAACUGGUUCAUUGGCUUUAUUAUUAAGUCUUGUGUUCGGUGCACCAUAUUAUUAUUAUAAAUAUGCUCGAAAUGAUUCAAAAGCCUCGAUUUCCAAAAAUCCAAAUUAUGAACUAUAUACACCUGAUCAAUGGGAAAUUGAUAAAGAUUCAGUGACAUUAAGUAAAUUGAUUGGUCAAGGACAUUUCGGCCAAGUAUAUCAAGGCGUAAUUAAAGUAUCAGAUGGAACAUUAAGACCGUGCGCUGUCAAACUUCGAACAACGCAUCCAACAGAUUUAUUACAAGAAGCAUCUAUAAUGAAACAAUUUCAAUGUUACCAUGUUAUUCAGUUGUAUGGUAUUUGCUCACGUAUUCGACCACCCUAUGUAGUUAUGGAGCUAAUGGAACAUGGAGAUUUAAAAAAUUAUCUUUAUCAACAUCGACAAUCUGAAUUAAAUCCAAAUGAUUCAACAUUAUCCGAAUCAGCAAUGAUACAAUUAGCAUUAGAUGUUGCUGAUGGGAUGUAUUAUUUAUCUGAUCAAAAAUUUGUUCAUAGAGAUUUAGCAGCAAGAAAUUGUCUUGUCAAUGGCAAUCAUACAUGCAAAGUUGGAGAUUUUGGUUUAACCCGUGAUAUUUAUGAAACUGAUUACUAUCGACGUGGUGGUCGAAGUUUUCUUCCAAUAAGAUGGAUGGCACCGGAAAGUUUAAGAGAUGGACGUUUCGAUACUGUAUCAGAUGUUUGGUCAUUUGGUGUUCUACUUUGGGAAAUAGCAACAUUGGCUGAACAACCCUAUCAAGGAUAUGGUAAUGAAGAAGUUGUACAUUAUGUUCGAUAUGGAAAUAUUACUCUUGAACGUCCACCGAAUUGUCCAGAAAUUUUACAUAAACUAAUGCGAGCUUGUUGGACAUUUCCACCCGGUGAUCGUAUAUCAUUUCGAUCUAUUGUUGACGAAUUGGUUAUCUAUGAAAAUGAUGAUUUUCGUUCACAUGCAUAUUAUCAUACACAGCCAAUGUUAAAACGACAGUUGAGCUCACUUAAUAGUAGUCACAAUGAUGAAGAAGAACUUUUGAUAAUGGGCAAAAACGAUGGCAAUGAUGACACUGAAGAACAUACAUAG